AUGAGCAUAGUUAACAUUCUUCUGGAACCAAACAUAAUCUUACGUGAGGGUCAUGAAAUCUAUAUAUUUAGACAAAGACGUGCCUACCAUAACAAAUAAACACAUACAUAGCUUAUUAUACUAUAUAGUCUUUAAUUAAUAUAUAAUGGCGUCGUUUCAACGUUCAUUUUAUUUUCUGGGAACAAACCAUAAAAAGAACAGAACUCAUUCCGAUCUUCCAAAGCUACUCUCCAGUCUUAUCCACCAAAUUAUCCUCUCGUGUCCUCCUCCUAUCUGUUCCCUGACCAUGAACGGGUGUAAGGCUGACCAUAAAGCGCCACUUGGCACGGUAGAGACAAGAACUCUAUCAACGGUUACGUCUCUAGAGGCAGCAACGGAGGGGUUGAUAACCGCCGUCUCUAACCUUAAGUCCGAACCGCCUCCGUUUUCCUCCGGUAUUGUCAGAUUGCAGGUGCCGAUAGACCAGCAAAUCGGGGCACUCGACUGGCUUCAUGCACAGAAUGAUGUUCUUCCUCGCAGUUUCUUCUCCCCUCGCAGCGACACUGGCCGUCCAGAGCUUCUCCAAGACUUGGCUAGUGAGAAUGUGAAUGGAUCAUCUGAUGUUAACCCUGUCAGUGUUGCUGGACUUGGCUCUGCUGUAUUUUUCCGUGAUCAUGACCCCUUCUCUCAUGAUCACUGGAGAUCUAUCCGAAGGUUUCUGUCUUCGAACUCUCCUUUGAUUCGUGCCUAUGGUGGACUAAGAUUUGAUCCCAAAGGAGAAGUUGGUGUUGAAUGGGAACAGUUUGGCUCCUUUUACUUUACAGUGCCUCAGGUCGAGUUUGUUGAGUUUGAGGCAAACUCAAUGCUGGCUGCAACUGUUGCUUGGGAGGAUGACCUCUCAUGGACACUACAGAACGCCAUUGAAGCACUUGAGGAGACUAUGCUUCAGGUUUCUUCUGUAGUAGAGAGACUACGGCGAGAAUCUCUAGGAGUUUCUGUUGUUAGCAAGAACCAUGUUCCUAGUGAAGGAGACUAUUACCCUUCUGUAAAUACUGCUCUGGAGAUUAUUAAAGCAGAAGAUUCACCACUAAGCAAGGUUGUACUUGCACGCAGCAGCAGAAUCAUUACUGAUACCGAUAUUGAUCCUAUUGCUUGGCUAGCACGGUUGCAGUGUGAAGGACAAGACGCGUAUCAGUUUUGUCUUCAACCACCAGGUGCACCAGCAUUCAUAGGGAACACGCCUGAGAGACUCUUCUAUAGGAAACAUCUAGGUGUCUGGAGUGAGGCUUUGGCUGCAACCAGGCCUAGAGGUGAUUCAGAGGUUUCUGAUUUGGAGAUAGAGCGCGACUUACUAACCAGUCCCAAAGACGAUCUUGAAUUCUCCAUUGUACGAGAGAAUAUAAGAGAAAAACUUAAUUCCAUAUGUGACAGAGUAAUGGUAAAGCCCCAAAAAACAGUGAGAAAGCUAGCAAGAGUACAGCAUCUAUAUUCUCAAUUAGCAGGGCAGCUAAGAAGAGAAGAUGACGAGUUUGACAUCUUAAAAGUUUUGCAUCCAACGCCAGCUGUUUGUGGAUGCCCAGUAGAUGAAGCAAGACUUUUGAUUCAGCAGAUUGAGACAUUUGAUAGGGGAAUGUAUGCUGGACCUAUUGGGUUCUUUGGUGGUGGAGAGAGUGAAUUUUCUGUAGGCAUAAGAUCUGCUUUAGUCGAUAAAGGUUUUGGAGCAUUGAUCUAUGCAGGAACAGGAAUAGUUUCAGGAAGCGAUCCAUCCUCAGAGUGGAACGAGCUUGAGCUUAAGAUCUCUCAGCUUUGCAGCCCAUUAACUAAUGACGCUGCAUCAACUUUCCAAUGCCUGACCAAAAAGAUGAUGAUGUUGAAAACUGACAGUAAGGUCUACAACGCACUUACGCACAUUAUGAUUCAAGGCUGACGUAUAUUUCCACCACCUUCAUGAGAAAAUGACAAGUUAUUUUUAUAAUUAUAUAGUAUCAAACGUAAUCUGAUUAUCAGUAAGUGCUAGUGGAUAAAUACUUUCAACAUAUUGUUUCCAGAAUGUGAUUGGUUUCUUUUUACUUUAAUUUUGUGUUAAUCUAAUAAAAAGAGAAAGAUGGAACAUUUUUUGUUCUACUUAUAAUCUAACCUGUG